CCCAUGGAGGAAUGAAGAUUCUGUUGUGCGAUCAUGGUGCCAUGGUAGUUCUUUCUUUUCGUUAUCUCUGCCUUCAGCCCUUAUUUCGUCGUUAUCUUCGUGGUUCUUCCUGCCCAAAAGGAAAAAAUGGCUUUUAUCUUCCAUUUCUCACUCGUCAAUUUAGCGAUUCAACAACAAACAAUGGCCAUAAACCUGUUCAUUCAUGGCCUCAAUAUCCUCAAACUUCACUUCCCUGCAUCGAGGAAUUCAAAGAUACUCAGGAUCUUUCACGGGCUUCAACUAUUCCAUCCCAAACUGGAGUUAGUACAAUCUGCUUUCGUGUUCGUGAAGCUUAUCAUCAACAAGGCCAGAGAAGAGCAACGUCUACUCCAUUGCCUCUAAAAAUCGAUGAAUCUCUUUUGACCCACGAACAGGCUCUUACUGUUGUCGCCUCUGUCGCCGACACGGAUGGUUCCAUGGUGGCUUUGAGUUUCUUCUAUUGGGCUAUCAGCCUCUCGAAGUUUCGUUACUUCAUGCGCUUAUAUAUAACCACAGCUGCUUCAUUGAUCCAUCUAGGCAAUUCUGAGAGAGCCCACGAAGUCAUGAGGUGUAUGGUGAAAAGCUUUGCUGAAGUUGGGAAGUUGAAGGAAGCUGUCGACAUGGUUAUUGAGCUGCAAAACCAGGGCUUGCCUCCUAAUGUUCACACCUUGAACUUUAUCCUUAGGAUUGCUGUGGAAUUGGGCCAAACAGAACUUGCGGAGAACGUGUUUGUGGAAAUGUGUAAGAGAGGUGUUUCUCCAAAUUCUUGUAGUUUCAAGUCAAUAAUUGUAGCUUAUUGCAGGAUUGGUAAAGUCACUGAGGUGGAGAAGUGGUUAAGGGACAUGAUGGCUGCAGGCUUUGCCAUAGAUAAUGUGACCUGUACCUUGGUCAUUGAUGCAUUCUGCAACAAGGGCGAUGCAAAUAGGGUAUAUGGGCUCUUGCAGAAGAUGCAUGAGGUGGGGUUUGCUGUGAAUGUGAUCAAUUAUACAGCUUUGAUUAAUGGGUUGUGCAAGAGAGGCAGUAUUAAACAAGCAUUUGAAGUCUUGGAGCAGAUGGGAAGAAAAGGUUGUAGGCCAAAUGUCUAUACUCACACAGCAUUGAUUGAUGGGCUCUGCAAGAAAGGUUGGAUAGAGAAGGCAUUUAGGCUGUUUCUGAAGCUCAUUCGGAGCAAUAACUAUAAACCGAAUGUGCAUACAUACACUGCCAUGAUCGGUGGCUAUUGUAAGGAGAAGAAGUUGAACCGGGCUGAGAUGUUGUUGACUAGGAUGCAAGAACAAGGAUUGGUACCAAACACCAACACUUUUACAACUUUGGUUGAUGGGCAUUGCAAAGUAGGGAAUGUUGUUCGGGCUUAUGAGCUGCUAGAUAAAAUGGUUAAAGAAAAUUGCUCUCCCAAUAUUAGUACAUACAAUGCAAUUAUCGAUGGCCUCUACAAGAAGGGAAGAGUUCAGGAGGCACAAACGCUGCUUCAGACGGGCUAUGAAUAUGGAUUGCAAGCAGAUAAAGUCACAUAUACCAUCCUCAUUAGCGAGCAUUGCAGGCGGGCUGAACAUAAUCAGGCUUUGGGAUUGUUCAACAAGAUGGUAAAAGCAGGGCUCCUGGCUGAUAUUCAUACUUACACCACAUUAAUUGCAGUAUUUUGCCGGCAAAGAAGAAUGAAAGAUAGCGAGAGGCUAUUUGAGGAAGCUAUUGGACUUGGCUUGGUACCAAGCAAGCAAACUUACACAUCUAUGAUCUCUGGGUACUGUAGAGGUAGAAAUGCCAGCUCUGGGUUGAAAGUUUUUCAGAAGAUGACUGAGUAUGGGUGUCCCGCUGAUUCCAUCACUUAUGUUGCUCUAAUUAGUGGCCUUUGCAAGGAGUCCAAACUGGAGGAGGCUCACAAGCUUUAUAAUGCUAUGGUAGAUAAGGGAUUUUCCCCUUGUGAAGUUACUCGCCUCACAUUAGCUUAUGAAUAUUGCAAGAAGGACGAGACUGCCACUGUUAUGGCUAUCUUGGACAAAUUGGACAAGAAGUCAUGGAUUCGCACUGUCAAUACUUUAAUCAGAAAACUCUGUAGUGAGAAGAUGGUGGACAUGGCAGCAUCAUUCUUCCAUAGAUUGCUGGAUAAAGACCAGAAUGUGGACCGCAUAACUUGUGUAGCCUUCAUGACAGCUUGCUAUGAUAACAACAAGUAUUCGGUUGCUUCUGAAGUGACUAAAAGGAUUUCAGAAGCGAACAGUUAGCAGCCAUCUUCUUGAUUGCAUACACGCUUAUUUACUCCCCCCCCCACAUCCCACACACACACACACACACACACACACAUGAAGAAGAGUGUAGGAUUGUGAAGAAUUUAGUAAUAGGGGGUUCCUUGCUCUUGUUGGCCAAUGAGAAUGAAAAGUUAAGAGGUUGAUUGCACC